CGUGUGACCGCCAAGCAGGUCGGGUGUGUGCAGGCCGUCUCUCAGAAUCUCCUGAAGGCGAGGAAAACUCAAGGCUACGACCAUAGCUGUAGAAGGAGUGUGUGUGGGUGUAGAGUCACGGUCACCCAGGCCUACGCUAGCUGCUGCAACUUCCUCCUUACGAUCGCUGUCGGUACAACGAAUUCUAAUAGAUGGCUGAUUGCAAAUUUAAUGAAGAUGAAGCAAGUUACAGUUGCAUUGUUGCGACUGCAGUAACUGUCAGUAUUCAUGUAUAGGAAAUUUUGUGUGGAUGUGAAUCUAUAGGAAAAGAUUAAAUAAAAGUACCAGUGAGCCAGACUAUCGUUUAUGCCUUAGAGACAAUAGUGAUUUAUUAUAAGAAAAGGAUAAUAAGCAUACAUACAUACAUGCAGAUACCAGUGAAAACAAAACGAAAAGCAUUGAAAGAGAACUGAAAAAAAGAAAAAAAGAAUAUAUAGAACCCAAAACAAAGAACUGGAUAAUACAUUAAUAAAUCUUUCCAUACAAAAAAUAAUAAUAUGCCAGCCAGUAAACCACCAAGUAUAUGGUAGAAAGAGCCAAAGACACUAGUAAAAAAAAAAAGAAAAGGAAAAGAGAAUACCCACCAUAUAAAAAUCCUACUUCCUUGUACGACCCCCAAGGACCCCCGAAGACCAUGAAGCCCGACCCCUGCAUUGACCGCGCCCGAUGAAAUAGGAAAAAAAAAGGACGAAAAAGUAAUCAAUCCCCUUCCCCCCCCCCCUCUUUUGGACUGUUCUGCGGAUUUCUCGGAGGAUCUAUUCCCACCUGUGCUCCACCUGUCAGCCGGUCGGUGAUCAGAGAUGGUGGAACUGGUGGAGCGGGUUGAGAACUACAAGGAUACCACGUUUAAGUACCACCAUCCCUACCUACCACACGGGAGCUCCAACGUCGAGAUCUCAGAGAUGUGGCAGGACAUCGAGACCCUUCUCAUGACGGAGGCGAGCCCCGUGGUGGGCCCUCUGGGAACGCCCCCGCCCUCCUACCAAUACGCCCACACCUUCGCGCCCACGCCGCCCCCGCACCCGAUAACCUCACCCCCGCCCAGACUUCAAGAGGACCUCAAGACGAAGGUCGUGCCGAAGGCCUCCCCGGGGACGGUGCUGCCCGUGCCCCCCUCCCCCACGUCCAGCGCCGGCACCACCCCGUCCACCCCGCAGCCCCCCCUGCCCGCCCCGCAGCACCAGCAGCGCCGCCGCCGCAGCCGCAGUCCCAGUCACAGCAGACGCACACCACUUUCGUGGCGACCUUCGACGCGAAAGACAAGACGAUACAGCAGACUCCUUCUCCCACUCAGCCUCAGCAGCAAGCCCCUCCUCCCCCUCCCCUCCGCCCCCGCCGCGUCGGCACAGCAGACGCAGCAGCCCGAGCAGCCCCCCCAGGCGGUGAGGCUCCCGGAGGCCGCCCAGGUGGUUCCGACCAGCCAGCCGCUGCCGUCCCCGUCCAGCGUCGUGGCCCCCGUCACCACCGUCACCGCCUCGACCGCCGUCACACCGGUACAGGCCGCCCCGGGGUAUCACCAGUACUUGGACCCGAAAUACCAGUGCCUUGAGCAGAAGUACCAGGACAGCAAGUACCAGUGCACGGACACCAAAUUCACUUUGCAGGACCCCGUCAAGUACCAGUGCGUCGACCCCAAGUUCGUCUCGACCGAUCCCAAGUACACCGUGGUGCAGGAGCCCAAGUACACUGUCCCGGAGUCGGACUUCCUCGUCCCCGACCCCAAGUACGUGACGCUGGACCCCAAGUUCCAGUGUUCGGAUCCCAAGUUCGGGAGCUACACGACCGUGCCCAUCAAGCCCGAGGGCAGGUACGAGCCGCAGCCCGACAUGAGCACCGGGGUGAGCACGGGCGUCGUCAACUGGAACGUGGACAGCUCGGUGUAUUCUUGCAAGGACUGCCCCGUGCCGUCCGCGCCCGCACAGUAUACCCCUACCUCGUACGUGACUGAGUACAGCACGCCCUACUACACCCCCUCAUACUCCAUGUACAGUUCGGGAGCUCCUCCGUCCUGGGGAAUCCCCAGUAACCAGAUGGGCGUGAGCACCUAUCAGUACAGCACGCCCAUGCCGCCCCUCUCCAUGCCCCUCAGCGAGCCCCCGCCGCCCCCGCCCAAGCCCCGCCGCAGGAGAGCCAAGAGGAAGGUCACGAUACACAGCUGUCCCUACGAGGGCUGCACCAAGACGUACAUCAAGUCCUCGCACCUCAAGGCCCACCUCAGGACCCACACGGGCGAGAAGCCGUACCUGUGCUCCUGGAAAGGCUGCGGCUGGAAGUUCGCUCGCUCCGACGAGCUCACGAGACACUACAGAAAGCACACGGGGGACAGACCCUUCCAGUGCCGCCUGUGCGAGCGCGCCUUCUCCCGCUCCGACCACCUCAGUCUGCACAUGAAGCGUCAUAUAGCCAUCUAAGAGUAUCUUCUUCAUCUCAUAGUUCAGUGUCUUCUUCUUGUUCCCACCAAGAAGCCUUUGUUCCGACGGCUCACACAUGUAUAAAAAAAAAAUGAGAAAGGAAAAAAAAAAUGUAUAUCUACAAUAGUGAAGCAUAUCUUUCGCAGUCGUAAAAAAUCUUGCCUUAAAUGACAAGAUCAAAAUUGAUACCUCAACAUCUCUCUUUUUUUUUUCUACUCCCUCGCCUCAGCUUGUCUCCUCCCCCUAUCCUCCUUCCCCGAUGUACAAAGAUCCCCGAAUGUACUAAUGUUCCUCAGCUCUCGACCCUCUGUUGGCACUAACAUCUACCUCACACUAAAUCGCGGUGACAAUCUGGCACUCAACGUUUUCAAGUGCCACGCUCUUCGCCGCCUCAUGCUGUGCUCCCCAGAGAACUGAUUUCAAUCGGUUGGUCUGUAUUACGUCUUUUCCCCUCUCUUUGACGACGAAAGAAAGGGGAAACCCGCUUGAUAUGGAUUCAUAUUCGCGUGGUUCUGUGAUCACCUUUAUACGCGUUCGAUAAAGGAUUAAUCAGGUGCGUUCUGCUUCGUGCGUUUGUUCUCUUGGGAACCGCGAUCUAAGAAGAACAAAGGGAAAGAAAGAUAAGAGUUCAAAGGGAUAGAAAGAUAAGAUUCGAAAGAGUUCUGCGUUGGCACUGGAUUUGGCUACGACUCCUAUGCCUGCCGGAAGUUUAUGCAGAAUAGUAUUAAGUCAGAUGCUAUUUCUUAUCAGAUGUCAGAUCUUAGUCAGGAGAUUGAUCAUUCGCAAAUACUCCCCCGCUGCAAUAUGCCAUUUGCAUACGUUGUUAUUACAAUAAAUGAGUAGAUUUGCAUCUUGUGUGCAACUUGAAAGAAAUAUUAACAAAGUGUGAUACGUAUUCUCGAUUCCGUCCCCAGAAAAAGGCAAUGCUUCUAAUGAAUAAAAAAAAGCAGUAUGUGUUAAAGAACGUCUGCACCUGUUCAAAAGUGAACACGGGAAACAUUGGGUCAAUUAGUGCAGCUCUAGUCACAGGAGAGGAUGCAAUGCCUGGUCGUUGGGUCAAGGCAGUGUGAAAUGGAAUCACGAAAGGCGAUGACUCUAGUACUCCCGAAAAAAAAAGAAAAUAAAUAAAAUAA